UCAAAGGAGAGGAAAGUCUACCUUCCCCUUGAAAGGCUUGACAAGUGCGCUGUAUGCGGGUUGACGAACAACCUACGCCUGUGCUCCAGGUGCGGGGAGCGCAUAUACUGUGGUGAACAAUGCCAAACGACGGACUGGCCUGAGCACAAGCGCGUAUGCGGCAAGACCGACCGCAUAAGUCUUACCUCCUUCUACCCUUUCCUCGCUCUGCUUGCCGAAAUCAGUCGCAUGCACCCCGAGAGACCCAUGCACCCCGCCAUAGCGCACGAAAUCCUCAACUCCCCUAACCCGGGAGUCCCUCCCACCCGCUUCCACGACGGUUCCUCCGCUAAACUCGUCAUGCUCGGCGAUCGCGUCCCCUUGGAAUACAAUUGCUCAGCGCGCUGGUGGCCUACCGGUCAAACAGAUCAGAUUCGCAAGAAACUCACGAACCGCUUCCUUCGCGAGGGCAACUCGCUGUCUAUUCUCACUUCCAUUUGCCUCGCCCUCCUUUCCGAGAUGUACACGACGACCUACGUGCCGAAGGAGGCAUCACUGGAUAUCAAGCCGCAACCCCGUCUCCGCCUCAAGUACCGCAGCUCGCCGAUCGCGGACUUCGGGAUCGCGAAAGGGAGUGCAGAUGUCAAGACGCAGGACCGCUUCGCUUACUUCAGUGCGCCGGACUUACGCUUCUGGAUGGGUGAGGACCCGAACGAGCACUACUGGCUGUGGUUCCGCACGAUACGCGGCGAAGAAGUUACACUCGACCUCGACAUGUACACGUUCAAUAUGUGCAUGCUCGUACCGACGGCGCCGUACCGCAACGCGCACUGCCCGCCGUCGGAGGUGAUGCGAUACGCGCCGGCGUACCUCUACGAGCGCGAGUUCCAAAAACGUGUCAUUCCGUUGACGCAGGAGCGCAGCCGCGCGUCUGUCCUGCGCGACCCGGCGCUGCAGAGGGCUAUCCGUACAAGUGGCUCUGCGAUCGGCGGAGAGGACGUGCGCGCGAUCCACCAGUGGAUGGAGCAACUCGCGGGAAAGCAAAUUCCCAGGACCGAAGUCGACCUCAUGAUGAAGUGGACGAUCAACAACCUCGACCUUCUCGGCGCGACGCUGGCGAACCGCGACUGGACGAGAUUUCCUGAGUCGCCGUCGUUCGCCAUCGACGCCGACCCCGGAGAAAUGGACAAUGAGCCUGGGGAAGCGGAUGGUGACUGGUACAAAUUCGCGGAGAAGUGGACGAAGAAGUACAAGAAGGGGAAGAUUUCCAGGGAGGCGUUCGACAAGGCGCAUAGGGAGUGGAAGAACCACGUCAAGCCUAGUAAAUAAGUUUUUCAGGAGACGAUGGACAAUUGUAUCAACACUUGUGUCACUGCUGUAUCGUACCUACUGUAUGUGUAUCAUACCUUGAGCUUCAAGAGCGCUCACCUUGUAAGAUAUUAGUAGGAAGAAAGUUGACCAUGACGAUA